AUGUCCGCCGCGGGGGACCUCUCUCACCGGCGAGAGGAAGGCCACGCUUCGAUCCGCGCCCGGGCUCUCCCGAGCGGGCCGCCGGCGGGGAGGCUAAUCGACGACAUCCUGGUGGAGAUCAUCUCACGCGUGCCCGCCAAGGCGCUCUACCUUUGCAAGUGCGUCUCGAAGUACUGGCUGGGCCUCAUCCACCACCCCGACCACCGCAAGAGGCUCCCUCAAACCCUCGCCGGCUUCUUCUACGGAAGCAGCGCCAGCACCACGGGCCAGCGGCGCCUAGAGCUGCCCUUCCGCUACACCAGCCUCUCGGGGGACCGCCACCACGCUCCGUUCGGCGCCUCCUUCACCUUCCUGCCCAACCACCACCUGCCCGUCGAUCUACUCGACUCCUGCAACGGCCUCCUCCUCUGCCGCUGCUACCACGUCUCCCACGGGGUCGGCGCGUUCCGUUACAUCGUGUGCAACCCCGCCACCGACAAGUGGGCCGUGUUGCCCAACUCCAGCAAGGACAGCAACGAGGUCGCCACCACGUCUCUGGGCUUCGACCCAGCGAUGCAAGGUGGAUGGAAAAGAAGCAGAGUGUUCUUUACAACGAAGCCUUAUGCUUGUGAUCCAUCAAGUCUGCCGAAAUAUCCUCCAAGCAAGGAAUAUGACGCUAAGCUUCGAGAUGAAGAAGCUAGGAGAGCAGCUGCAGCCAAAGGACAUGAAUCUGAAACUGGACGCAGGAAGCAACUUGCAACACAAAAUGGCACUAACGAAUCACAGCAACGGCAAGUUACGGUUAAUCCUAAAAGCAGUAGUAACAAGUUUACUCCAAAGGAGGAUGUUGUUACCGGCUUUCCAAUGGAUCCUCUGGUAGUAGACAAUGGCCAUGCUCGCCGUGUUCCUUUGAUGAAUGCUGGUCGUUCAUCCUCCACUUUGGGUCGAUCAAGUGGCACAGAUCCAAACGCCCAAAGAUUCUACACCUCUCAGAUUGCUGCUGCCGAGAUGUCUAACCCAUCUACAGCAACUGGGCAGCGAGGCAAUACUCGUAAGCUAUCUAACCUUGGGGACAGUGCCAGGAAACAGUAUUUAAGAGAGCAUCGGUCGAGUUCAAGAGAGUGGAUUUACAAGGAGAAGAGAUGGAAUAGAGCUACUCGGGACUCCGCCGCCACAGUCUUUCUCGAUGGCCUUCUGUUUUUUCGUACCCUUGACCUUGAAUAUCAUGAUUACAUAGCUGCGGUGGACACCAAGGGAGAGACAUGCCUGAUAUUCAGGGUCCCUGGUGGUCAGGAUCAUGAUUUUGGCCAGGCUGAUGGUUUUGUUCAACAUGUGUUAUUCAAGGUUCCUGGUGGUCGGUUUGAUUAUUUUGGUCUGGCUCAUGGUCUUAUUCAGCGUUCGCAGGGCUCCUUGCAUUUUGCCAAUUUUCAAAGGGAUCAAGAUGGUGUCGCCAUUCGAUUGGUAGUUCAUGUUCUCAAGGACUAUCAAGGCGAACAAUGGAAAUUGAAGCAUAGCAUUAAAACCUCACACAUAUGUGGAUGGACAAAUUUAUGGCUUGAUGUGGAUUUUGAUUUCGUUGCGAUUCAUCCAGAGUGCAACUUGAUGUUCUUCAUUGCGGGGGGUGUCACAUUAAUGUGCUGUAAUAUUGAUAAUCGGCAGGGUAAAGUGAUCUUCUAUCUUGGAGGUGCCAAGCCGCUAUCUUAUGUGCGGUAG